UAGCUUUUGACUUUGUUGUAGGUAUGUUGCAGUUGGAAAUGAACCUUACUUGACAACCUACAAUGGAACUUACCUUCGAACAACUCUUCCUGCUAUGCAAAAUGUCCAAACUGCACUCGUGAAAGCUGGCCUCGGUAAUAAAGUAAAGGUUACUUGCCCCCUCAAUGCUGAUGUUUAUGAGAGCUCCAGUGGCUUGCCAUCAGGUGGUGAUUUUCGAGCUGAAAUCCAUGGCUUUGUGAGCCAACUUGUCAAGUUCUUAAGCGACAACGGUUGUCCCUUUACAAUCAAUAUCUAUCCAUUCAUAAGCCUUUAUAUUGACCCCAACUUCCCAGUUGAAUAUGCUUUCUUUGAUGGAAAUGCAACACCUCUAAAUGAUGGUGGGACAACCUACACCAACAUGUUUGAUGCAAAUCACGAUACUCUUGUGUGGGCUUUACAGAAGAAUGGUUUUGGGAACGUCCCUAUAAUAAUCGGAGAAAUUGGUUGGCCCACUGAUGGUGACCGCAAUGCUAAUGCACAACUUGCACAACGAUUCAACCAAGGAUUCAUGCAGCAUAUAUCAGAAGGAAAAGGCACCCCUAUGAGGCCUGGGCCUAUUGAUGCCUAUCUGUUUAGUUUAAUUGAUGAGGAUGCUAAGAGCAUUCAACCUGGAAAUUUUGAACGUCACUGGGGAAUAUUUACAUAUGAUGGCCUACCCAAAUACUCCCUAAAUCUUGGCACUACAAAUUCAGGGGCUUUAGUUCAAGCUAAAAAUGUGAAGUAUUUGGAGAGGAAGUGGUGUGUGUUUAAACCCAAUGCUAAGGUGGAUGACCCCCAGAUUGCGCCUAGCAUGAGCUAUGCUUGUGGACUUGCUGACUGCACGAGUCUCGGGUAUGGAACAUCUUGUGGAGGUUUGGAUGCACGUGGAAAUAUUUCAUAUGCGUUCAACAGCUACUACCAGAUAAACAAUCAGCUUGACGAUGCUUGCAAGUUCCAAGGGCUUGGAACUGUCACAAAGUCAGAUCCAUCAACUGGUACUUGCCGGUUUGGGCUCAUGAUAGAGCAAUACUACGGAGGUGCAGACCGACAACUUGGCUAUACAAGGAUGGCGUUGGCUCUACUUGUCGUUCUGUGGACAAUUUUAUGAUCACUUCUCUUUUCUGGCUACCUGGUUUGCUUCUUUGAAAUGAUUGUUGAUCCUGUUAUGUAGCACAUCACCAAAUUAAAUUUUUUCUCCUUCCCUCGACAGCCAACAUUGAUGUUCAUUUGAAACUUGCAUUAUGAAAUUAAUGUCUGCCUGUGAUUUUGAAUG